AUGGUCUUCUCAACCCUCUUUUCUGCAGGCAGAAACCUUACUAGAGGAUUCUGGCGCAGAACGUCCUCGCUUUAUCGUCGUGCGGUCUCCGGAUUCGACUGGUUCAAGGACAAUUUCUGGGACCUGCUGAAGAAGGCUUUGAAAUUCCUUUCACGUCCCGAAGUCAUUGGGGUUAUUACUUUUGCUAUUUUUCUGAGAGCCUUGUUGAGCCUUGGAUUUACAGCUGAUGGAAUUGCUGCAGGUUCGGCCGCGGCUGCGUAUCAAGCCUUUGCGUUCGGUGCGUAUACUCCAGCCGGUGGACAUUUUGCUCGCUUGACAAGUAUGGCGAUGACAAAUUUGUACCCUCUUUUUGCUGUGGUACUUUCUGUGGUUGUUGCAGUGGUCGUGGCAGUGAUUGCGAAGAGAUUUGGACAGGGAUAUGUUUAG